AAAGGACACUUGGAAACUCAAAGCCACAGACGACAGAGUCAGUGAACACACCACUAGAAGCCACGCCCACAGGCUCUGGUUUCCUCUGGGCUCGCGGCCGCAGCAGCUUCUCCGCGUUCACAGAGAAUAAGGAAGUACGAUGCCUUCUCUGGCCACAGUUGCUCAAAGAGGAGCUCAAAGGUUUUCUGGAAUCACUUCGGGGAGAACUUUGAAGAAUGGCGGCUGCUUCUUUACCUGUUCACCCAAACAUCACCUCAUCCCCAACAUCAGACAAGGACAGACAUUUUCUGGUUCUCCCUUGAAGCAUUAUAGGUGCUUCUCGGCCUCAUCCCCUGACCAGAAUCAAAAAACGCCAUCCUUCAGCUAUGUGGUUGUGGGGGCGGGGUCAGCAGGAUGUGUUCUCACCAACCGCCUUACAGAAGACGCCCAUGAGUCUGUGCUGCUGCUGGAAGCCGGACCUAAAGAUCUGUUUCUUGGGAGCUUAAGGCUUUCAUGGAAGAUCCACAUGCCAGCUGCUCUGACCUACAACCUCUGUGAUGACAAGUAUAACUGGUACUACCAUACUUUACCUCAGGCCCACAUGAACAACAGGGCCUUGUACUGGCCGAGGGGGCGUGUGUGGGGAGGGUCCUCCUCACUUAAUGCCAUGGUUUACAUUCGUGGACACGCUGAAGACUACAACCGCUGGCAGAGGGAAGGUGCAGCGGGCUGGGAUUACCAGCACUGUUUGCCUUACUUUAGGAAAGCUCAGUGUCACGAGCUCGGAGAAAACAGGUACAGAGGGGGCAGUGGACCUCUCCAUGUGUCUAGAGGAAAGACCAACCACCCCCUUCACAAAGCUUUUAUUGAGGCGGGGCAGCAGGCCGGAUACCCGUUCACCGACGACAUGAACGGAUACCAGCAGGAAGGCCUGGGGUGGAUGGACAUGACCAUUUACAAAGGGAAGAGAUGGAGUACGGCCAGCGCCUACCUCAGGCCCGUCCUGAGCCGACCCAACCUAAAGACGGAGGUUCGCUGCGUGGCCACCAGGAUCCUGUUUGAUGGUGGUCGUGCUGUUGGGGUGGAAUACAUGCAAGAUGGACAAAAGAAGAAAGUGUUUGCAGAAAAAGAGGUGAUACUGAGCGGAGGAGCCAUCAACUCCCCUCAGCUCCUCAUGCUGUCUGGGGUGGGAAAUGCAGAUGACUUGAAGGAACUUGGCAUCCCUGUUGUUCAGCACUUGCCAGGUGUUGGUAGUAACCUGCAGGAUCAUUUGGAGCUAUAUGUCCAGCAGCAGUGCACUCAACCCAUCACGUUGUACAAGGCGCAGAAACCGUUCCACAUGGUUAAGAUCGGCCUUGAGUGGCUCAGCCUGUUUACCGGUUACGGAGCAACCGCACAUUUGGAGAGCGGGGGAUUUAUACGCAGUCGACCGAACGUAACACACCCUGACAUCCAGUUUCACUUUCUUCCUUCCCAAGUAAUUGACCAUGGACGAGUUGCAUCGAAGAUUGAGGCCUAUCAGGUGCAUGUUGGACCUAUGAGGAGCACCAGUAUUGGGUGGAUGAAGCUGAAGAGCACCAACCCUCUGGAUCACCCAAUUCUACAGCCAAACUAUCUUUCCACAGACAUCGAUGUGUGGGAGUUCAGGCAGUGUGUCAAACUGUCCAGAGAGAUCUUUGCUCAGAAGGCAUUUGAUCCGUUCCGCGGCCCUGAAGUACAGCCCGGCCCGCAGAUCCAGUCUGAUGACGAUAUUGACGCUUUUGUCCGCCAAAAGGCAGACAGCGCCUACCACCCAUCCUGCACCUGUAAGAUGGGUUCCCCGUCAGACCCGAUGGCGGUCGUUGGCGCAGACACGCGAGUUUUGGGCCUGGAACGCCUUCGAGUGGUCGACGCUUCCAUCAUGCCCAGCAUCGUCAGCGGAAACCUAAACGCCCCGACCAUUAUGAUCGCUGAGAAGGCUGCAGAUAUCAUCAGAGGUCGCCCUCCUCUUGCAGACCCAGGAGUUCCUGUGUACCAACCACCAACGUUAGAAACACAGAGAUAAAUGGAGACCAUGAUCUAAUAUUGUUUACCUGACAGGUAAAGGGUGUGUGGGGGUCAGAUGCAGUUACAGCUCCAUCCACAGGUGCAGUAAUCAUUUUAGUCAUUAGUCUUUUAAUGUGAAGGAAUCUUUAAAUGUUUAUUUCAUACAUUCAAAACUCUACAUGUAUUUGUCACUUGAGAUGUCACCUUCGUCAAGUAGACGUGGGAAAAGUUUCUGCUCCUGACAGAUUUUAAUCUAAAAGUUCAUCUCAGUUCAGCCAAACUAAACAUCACAAAUGUGAAAAUUCCCUGUUCUAAAUCAAGCAUUCAGAUCAUCAGCCAUUUGCCAAAUACACACUAAACACAAUUUUUCUUGGUAAAAACGAACACUAACUUUUGUAGCGCCUUAUAAGCGAUUCAUUAUUUUAAAAAAGUGUUUAUGUAGAAGAACUUUAAAUCUUUAACUUAACAACUGCAGUAGAAUUAAGCUAAACUGAAUUGUUUGAACGAGAAAGGAGUGAAAAAUCCUGCCCUAAACUCCUACGGAUCAUUUCACUUUUAUGUCUUUUCUCGAGAGAAAAUUAUUGACUUGAUUCUUUCAAAUAGACAGAUUUUGUAAAUGUUUUUUAGUUUUUAAAAAUAUUUUAAAGCUGAUGUACAACAAAUAAUUAUCUGAAGAGUUUAUGCUAAAAAAGUUCCUGUGUGAAAGUGAAGUCAUCCUUUGUUUUGGGUUUUUUUUGUCCUAAAAUGAUUUUUUUCUCAUACCUCAUACUUGAUCUUCAGUGAAUUUAAUAUUUGUGGAUUCACUUUUUUUCUGUUUCAAUGGCACAAUACUUUAUCAUUCAUUCAGUUAGUUUUUAGGUUUGUAGCUUAAUAAUUAACUCAUUUAUGUUAACUAGAUGGUCUGUCCAUUUCAAAGUAGACUGAAAAAGUUGCAGUUUUUUUUAAAUGACCUGAAGAAACAAAAGAUGUGACUUAGAGCUUAAAGCUUUUUGCACUGUGUUUUUCUGAUUCAACAUAGCUCACAGCUGUUUACAGUAAAAACCUUUACAUUCAUUUCUAUUAAGUGAUUGGCAGCUUUUAGUUUCAGCUCAGUUCUGUGUACUCACAUCAGCUGUUCGAUCACACUGCAAAAACACAAAAACCCCUAGAAAUGGAAAAAAAUCCAUAAAAUUUGAAAAAAUUGUCUUUAACUAAAUGAAACAAAAUGGUUAUAUUGUCAUUGGACGUUUUUCCUGAUAAGAUUAUUUUUCUUGAAAGACAUAAAAAAAUACAAUUUUCUUCAAAUAAGCAUAUUUUCCCAAUCCUAAAAUGAAGUUUUUGCAGUUCACAGACUUUAAUAUCCUCCCUGAGUCCUGCAGGCUCAUCUAUUUUAGCGACACAUUCUUAUCACGGCCUUUUCUGCACUCGUUGCAUAUCAACAGGAAAUCAGCACUUCUAUGGUGAGAGAAGCUGCACCGAUUCUGAUGAAGUGUGAAUAAUUUCCCAAACCAUGUAAGGAGGUUAGUGUUUCUUCAGAAAGGAGUAAACAGGAGGUAGAAGAUACGGUAACCAAGCACAUUAGGGCCAACAGAAAUAGCUGUUGUUCUCAUUUAUUAACAGAACAAGCCUUCCAUCUUAAAGCCUCUGCAGUUUCAGGUAUGCUUCAGUGACCUUUCCAUGCAGGAUCAUCCAUACCUAGAAACUGAAACCAUGUAUGUUCAGCCACUUCUGUCUUUAUUUUUUUAAAUGUUUUAUUGAUUCUUACUCACAUCAAUGCUGAUUAUUGUGUAUAAUUGAAGUUUUUUAAAUGAAGGUGCUUAAUAAUCAAUACAUUUAUACUGUAGGUGACUUAUUUGUGACUAAAGACAAUCAUAAUUUUAAUUUGAAGUUUUUUUAAUCACUUUUAGUCACUUAUCAUGACCUAUCACUGAAGUGAUGAUUGUUUACUAGUGUAUUUGUGCAAUAACAUUAAAUCAUGACAAUGAAGGAGCAGAAAGGGAAAUAACUGCCAUCCUUUUUUAGAUUUUUUAUUGUUUUUAUUCUUUGUACUGACUGUCAAUAAAUCAUUGCGACUUUGUCCUUGUCAUUUUAUGCAGCAGGUUAGUUUUCAUUUCAGGCAAAAAUUCAAAUGUACAAAACAGAGUUUUUGUUUUUAUUGGUACAAAAUCUAUCAGGUAUUCGUUCUUAUGCUACAAAGUAGAUAGAGCUUUAUUUUUUAAACAGCAAAUAGGUAGAAAGAAGUUUUUUUUACAAAUAUUACAGAUUUUUUUACAUAAUUUUGUAUACACCUGUAGAGCAGUGGAAGGUAGAAAAAAUAAAGCUGUGCUGCACAACAAA